AUGUCGUCCAUCGCCCGGCCACCAGACCCGUGCUUGGUGGCCAUCAUCCUGAUUGUGCGCUCGCGCACUGGUCCCCGUCUGGUCUUCCACUACCCCCCGAACCCGCUGAGCGAGAAUCGCCUGAAAACCACCACCAAGGGCGGCCGGCGCGCGCGCCACAAACAGGGAGCCAAGAACACCGACUCCAGCUCGAGUGACGAGAGCGGCUUCAGCUCCGACGAGGAUGAGGAGGAGAGAGAAAGCCAUCUGGGUGGGAGCUCCGUGUUGGGCGGGCGGCGGGCGAGCAACUUCGGUCUGGACGACCACGCGUCCGCCACGGUGUCGCCCGCGGGCGUGGAACCGCAGCGCCCCGGAUCACUAGGGUCCGGUAGGGGCUCUUCUAUGCGGAAACGCGCCAGUGCAAACUCCGACCAGGAAGAUGAUCCGGGGGCGGUAUCUGACCGACCAGAUGAUGGACCUGGGGGCUCGUCGCGCCGACUCUGGGAGUCUCUUUUGGGGCUCCCAGGGAACGUGUGGGAGAAACUUCUCAGUCCGUCUCGGUCAUGGCAUAAGCGGCGAUUCGAGGUCGGAAUCAAUGACCUGGCCCUGAUGGGAUGGCCGGUCUUCGUGCGCGAGGAUGGUACCUGGCGGAAACAGAAACGGAAGAAGAAAAAGAAGCCCUCCGCUGAAUGGGAUGGCGGCGAACUGGGUCAUAAUGAGGAUUCCGAGGGGGCCCCCGGCGUAGAGAAGGGCAUUGGAUCCCCUGCUUUGGGAGCCACUGCGGCCCCCAGCGCGGCUGCAUCCUCAGAGGCCAAGCGCACCUCAUCUGCCAGCAAGACUGGGAAGCCAUCAGAGGGCACUGUCGACCCAGAGGACAAAGACUCCAUGACAAUGUUCAAUGUGGUGUUUGUCAUGGAUCCUCCGUUGCUGGAGUAUUCCAUGCGCGUCAAGGAAAUCUACGAAAACAUCAUCAAGAAAUUUGCCAAAGCUUUGAAGUGGGAGCAGGCUCGCACUGAUUAUGUGUGGAAGGAAUCCCAGCACAUCCUACAAGUGAGGCGAAAAGCCCGGGAAACAAGUAAGCCUCUGUCUUGGAGUUGGUAUUACAUGAGCGAGCUGACGGUCCUCGUAGAAACAUCUGUCAACAGUCUCUAUUAUGAUCUCAUCGCUCAGUCUUCGCUGGCGAGGGCUAUCUACACCGUCUAUAGCAGUAUCUCAGCCUCAAAGAUUGCGUCUGUCUCCCUGAGCCCCGAUGUCUCCAUCUCGCUACAGAUCCCGCCUCUGACUUCCACGCCAUAUCUCGCGGGCCCGACAGACCAAGCCUAUCCGGGGCUAUGGCUGACCACCGCAGACAACGUGACACCCGUUGAUGACCCAGGUGCGGCGGAUGGGAACAGUGCACCGCACCAGGUCCUGGCCAAGCACUUUGCUCUGCUCUUCUUGGACAGCGAAGCGGCCAUUAUCAAAGAUGUCGAAACUUCCGGCGGUGCAAUGGCUCCUGCACUGGCCCACUACAUCCGUUGCUCCAAGCCCACCAAGUCAUUUGCCCAAAUCUCCGCAUCGUCGGGGAUUUCGCUCACCACUAUUCAGAUGCUGGCCAGUCACCUUGUCUACUGGCGACGUGCUCGUGCCAUCCCUCCUAUCCAUCAGCGAGACACAUACAUCGUAUCCCCGAAUUGCGACUUGAGCAAGCUCGAGGCCGCCACGGUCGCCUACCAAGCGGCCUUUCCGACACUUCCCACCCUACCAAAGAUGCUGGCUAUGCUCAGCGGAACCCCCCGGCCCUACAGUACCCUCAUUCCCAGCAAAGACCACAAAGACGCCUACUUUGCCAUUCUCGCCUGGCUCCUCCGCGGCGGAUGGGUGACACAGCUGCGAACCUUUGCCUGGAUCAAGGUCUCCCCCGAGAUCAAACGAGCAGUCGAGAGCGCCCUCCGCAAAGAAGAAGUGGACCGAUACCUCGCCAAAGGCAGCGCAAACUCGCUCUCCACAACGGACGGCCAAAAUGACUCUGAUGAUGACGAUGACGCCAACUCCUCCUCUUCUUCCUCUCUCGCAAGCCACGGCAGCGGAGACAACACGCCCAUGCCCGGCCGAUACGAUGCGCGCGCCCGGCUCCGCACGUCGCACAAACUGUUGGAUCGAUCAACCGCGCUCCGCCUGUCCUCCUUGAUCUUAUCCCCGCAUCGCGCAUCCCCGCUCGAGUCUCGCUGGCUCGACGAAAUUGUGUCCAGAUUCCCCGACCGGGCCGGCGGCCCCGGGGAGGGACUCAUGAGCAUCAGCCCGGAACUCGCACCGAAGGAUCUUCAGACUUUACUGCGGACGUAUUGGCCCAUCUUUCUCAAGUACUUGAAUGGGUAUGAUGCUCUGGAGAAGAUCCCUGUGCGCGAGAAUCUGAAGCGCAAGCUUGUGUGGCAGGUCCUCUUGCGUUUGGGGCUGAGUGGCACGUCCGGGCCUGGUGAGCUUGACGCGAGGGAGCAGGUGCUUGUCAGUGUUCGACACUGGUAG